UUCCUGAUCAUCAAUCCAUUAGCUUGACCUGAAGCUGCUGAACGACAGAUUCUUGAUUGCCUCGAAGCUUUCUCAUAUUGUACAGUAUCUUGCGACAUUGUAGCAACAAUUUUUUAUUUCCAUUACUAUCACCACCAUCGUCAUCAAAAGAUAUCUCGCAUUGCAUCGCCAGUCUAUACAUUUACAUCCAGACCAGAAUCAGGAGUAACUGAAUAAUCGAUCUGGUCACGUGAAGCUUCGGACCACUCGACCUCAAGCUCUCCUUGUACUCUUACUCGCCACCUCGGGCCACUUCUCCAAGCUCCCAGAGCUCUGAUCAUCAGUCACAGUGACGAGACUAAAGUUAGUUGGUAGCAGUUCCUUGUAACUGCAGCUUGCUCCUACUCGGAAACACCUCACACACAGUUUGGUCGUGCCACCUUCCUCGAUUGUCGCGCCAAGCCACGCAACAAAUUCCCAGAGUCACUGCGCCUGCCCUGCCCGCCGUGCCCUUGCCUGCCAACCGCCAACCCACCCGCAGUCUGCCCCUCACCUCAAACCUGACUUGAUCUUUCUCAGUCGGUUCAAAAAUGAGCCAACUCCUCCUGCCCCUCCGCGUCAACUCUUUUAAAUCAUUCCAUUCCCUCACCCCACUAUCGACUUCUUUCACUCGUCAACCUUUGCUCAAUCACCGUUUCCCAUCUGCUCGACUCUUCUCUUCGACUUCUGCAAACAUGACCAUCAAAGCUUGGUUCGACGUCGAAUGGACCGACGCUCAGCUCGACAGACAACGAACUGAGGCUGCUCGCUCCGGUGGCGCCGUCCCUCCUCCCAAGAGCGGACGUAUCAACUUCAACCUCUACGACGAUGUAGUCCCCAAGACUGCCGAGAACUUCCGUGCUCUCUGCACCGGUGAAAAGGGAUUUGGCUACAAGGGUAGCAAGUUCCACCGAAUCAUCCCUCAAUUCAUGCUUCAAGGUGGCGACUUCACCCGUGGCAAUGGCACUGGUGGCAAGUCAAUCUACGGCGAGAAGUUUGCCGAUGAGAACUUCAAGAAGCAACACACCCGACCUGGUCUUCUCUCCAUGGCCAACGCUGGUCCUAACACCAAUGGUUCCCAAUUCUUCAUCACCACCGUCGUCACCUCCUGGCUCGAUGGAAAGCACGUCGUCUUUGGCGAGGUUGCUGACGCUGAGAGCAUGAAGAUUGUUUCGGAGCUCGAGAAGACUGGCUCCGGUACUGGUCAAGUCAACUUGCAGUUCAAGCCUACCAUUGUUGACUCUGGUGCCAAUUAAGGCCCAUGUCGGACACAUAAUCGACCGGGUCCAACGCUAACAUCAUUAUGGAGUUGGCUGAUGACUGAGCGCGUCUCUUGCAUGCCCGAGAACUUUUUACUCCGGCUUUACGACUGGAAUCCAAAAGUGUCACAAUACAAUGAUUACAUUCUCCGAGAUUCAAGCAUACACAUCCCUAGGAGAGUGAUCUACCGAAUUCUGUCUACCGUCACCUCCAAGCAUAGAUACCGAUCAAGGUAGUAGACGAAUUGAAAAGUUGAAGUAACCUUUGAUUUGAAAUAAGCCCGUUCGUUCAUGGUCGGCUGGGUUGGACGCCGUAGUAAGAAGCUGAGCAGAGGCAGAAAUAGACAAGAAUGGAGACUAGGGUCAAAGCCACCCUUCCCCGCUCUAGUUGAUGACCCCAAUGCAAAACUUGUCGGGGGGUGGAAGGGCAAAAUGGAUGGUGAACGAUGAGCCCGAGGGCCCCUCGGCCCCGCAUAUGAACCUACUUGUACUCCGUAGAACCAGAGGAUGGCGUGGACAAAUGGGCAAACGGGGCAAGGGGGGCAAGGGGGCAGCAUUGCCUGUGAUGCCCUUUGUACCGUUG